GGACGAUGAGCCUGUCUGAAGGAGGAGGCCACUGAGAGCUUCACUUUUCAUCCCGACAGCCUACAAGUAAUGAAUCUGUGAGAGGACCAGGCAGAGAAACACACUUCAAACAUGGCAGACAAGGAUAGCGUGGAGAAGUACUUGGAGAAUAACCCCCAGUUCGCCAAAGAGUAUUUUGACAAGAAGGUGCGAUGCGAGGUGAUCGCCGCCGCGUUCGAGGAGAAGCUGGACAUCAAGGAUCCAGCUUCGUUCAAGGAUGUCACGCAAGUGCAGGAAGCCGCCAUCCUCUUUGACAUGAUCCAAGACAUGCAUUCACAGCCUGUCAUGGAGAAGGCCAUGCACAAGGUCCUGCAGAGGAUAUGUUUGCUGGUCAACGCCGACCGCUGCAGCUAUUUUAUAUCUCGCGCCAGAAACGGCAUCCCUGAGCUCGCCACAUGUCUUUUCGAUGUCACUCCUACGUCCAAAUACGAGGCCAACCUGGUAAACCCGCAGUCUGAGAUUGUGUUCCCCACUGACACUGGCAUAGUUGGCCAAAUAGUGACCACCAAAAAACCAGCCAAUGUUCCAGAUGUCAAACAGAAUCCCAGGUUCAGUGAUUUUGUGGACAAGCAGACGGGAUACACCACUAAAAACAUGAUGGCCGCUCCACUCAUGCAGGGAAAAGACCCACUCGGUGUGGUCAUGGCAAUAAACAAGGUCGGAGCAAACGAAUUCUCCAAAGAAGAUGAAGAUGUAUUCAGCAAGUACAUCAUAUUUGCCACAGUCAUCGCCCUGCAGCAUUACACCAAUUACAUGUAUAAUGUGGAAUCCAGAAGAAGCCAGGUUCUUCUGUGGUCUGCGAGCAAAGUGUUUGAAGAGCUGACGGACAUCGAGCGUCAGUUUCACAAGGCUCUGUACACCGUCAGAACUUACCUUCAGUGCGAAAGGUACUCGUGCGGCCUGCUGGACAUGACCAAAGAGAAGGAGUUCUACGACGAGUGGCCGAUUAAACUGGGAGACGUGGAGCCGUAUAAAGGCCCGAAGACUCCUGAUGGCAGGGAGAUCAUCUUCUACAAGAUCAUUGAUUAUCUGCUGGAAGGCAAAGAAGAGAUCAAAGUUAUACCGAACCCUCCUGCAGACCACUGGGCACUGGUUAGUGGACUGCCCAGCUAUGUUGCUGAAAACGGCUUUAUCUGUAACAUGAUGAAUGUUGCUGCUGAUGAAUACUUCACAUUCCAGAAAGAAGCUGUGGACGAGACUGGCUUCGUGAUCAAAAACGUUCUCUCCCUUCCCAUUGUCAACAAGAAAGAAGAAAUUGUCGGUGUGGCCACUUUCUUCAAUCGAAAAGACGGCAAGCCAUUCGAAGAGCAGGAUGAACAGAUUACUGAAGCUCUAACACAGUUCCUGGGAUGGUCCGUACUGAACUGCGACACAUAUGACAAACUGAACCGGAUGGAGUGGAGGAAAGAAAUUGCAGAAGAAAUGGUCAUGUAUCAGACCAAAGCCACUCCGGCUGAAGUCCAGCAGAUUCUGAACACAAAGGAGAAGUUUGACCAGAACCCGGAAGACUGCGAUCAGAAAGAAAUGUACAAACUCUUGAGAGCCAACAUUCCAGAGGCCAAAGAUGUCGAUCUGCUAGAAUUUAGUUUCAGUGACUUCCCUCUGACUGAAACCGAUCUCAUCAAGUGCGGCAUUCGCUGCUUCUUUGAACUGGGAGUGGUGGAGAAGUUCAAGGUGCCAGCAGAGGUCCUGACCAGAUGGAUGUACACGGUGCGUAAGGGCUACAGAGACAUCACCUACCAUAACUGGAGGCAUGGCUUCAACGUGGGCCAGACCAUGUUCUGUCUUCUGCAGACCGGAAAGCUGAGAAGAUACUACACAGAUCUUGAUGCCUUCGCGAUGGUAGCGGCUGCAUUCUGUCAUGAUAUUGACCACAGGGGUACCAACAAUCUCUACCAGACAAAGAGCGCAUCACCUCUGGCCAAGCUUCACGGCUCCUCCAUCCUGGAAAGGCACCAUCUUCAAUACAGCAAGAAUCUGAUGGCUGAAGAGAACGUUAACAUCUUUCAAAGUCUGCAGAAACGCCAGUUCGAGACGGUCCAGCAUUUGCAUGAUGUCUGCAUCAUUGCGACUGACCUGGCUUUGUAUUUCAAAAAAAGGACAAUGUUCCAGAAGAUCGUUGACGCCACCGAACCUAUGACUAAGGAGGAGGAGAUGGUCGCCCAUGUGGCCAACAAUCCCAUCAGGAAGGAAAUCAUCAUGGCAAUGAUGAUGACCGGAUGUGACUUGUCUGCCAUUACCAAGCCAUGGGAAGUCCAGAGCAAAGUGGCUCUCAUGGUGGCAGCUGAAUUCUGGGAACAGGGAGACUUGGAGAGGACUGUGCUAGACCAACAACCCAUUCCCAUGAUGGACAGAAACAAAUCAGAUGAACUUCCGAAGAUGCAGUGCGGUUUCAUUGACUUUGUGUGCUCGUUCGUGUACAAGGAAUUUUCUAGGUUCCACAAAGAAAUCACUCCCAUGUUUGAUGGCUUGAACAACAACAGAGUCCACUGGAAGGAACUGGCCGAUAUUUACCAAGCAAAAAUAGACGCUAUAGCCAAUGAGAAAAAGAGACUAGAAGAGGAGCAGGCUAAAAAGGGAGGUGAGGAAGGAGGAGAGGGAGGAAAGUCCAAAACCUGCACCAUCUUUUAAACCACCAGAAAUUGAAAGCCACAGAGGAGUCUGGGCCAGCUGGAAAACGCAUAGAGGAAGCUGAAACAUGCUCCUAGGAUCACUACGUUUUCGCCAGCUUUCUCAUUCUCUCCGUCUCAUUUCCUCGGAAUUACCUUCAUCAAGUGAACAUGUAGGCUUUGACCAGAAAUGGAAGAACUGUACCUGUCAGAUUCACUUUCUGAUGGGGGCGCCAGAGCUAAUCGUCACCACAUGGACAAUUUCAUGCUUGCUCCUAAUCGCUGUAACAUCAACCUUCGCUGGAGGAAGCACCACAUUUGCCACACAACGGUGGCCGAAACACUACACAAAUGAUUAAUGCGCUGUAGUUCAGAGCUUACUUUGUGUUUGGCAGUUCAAUGACAGCAAAAAACAUUAAGAAUUAGAGCAAUAUGCUGAAUAACUUCCGGAACGGUUACUAAUUUAUUGGAAAAACGAAUAAAUAGCUUAAAUCUUCAAUGACUUCAGAAUCACAUUGUAUUUAGCUUCUCUGUAAACGAAUCAUCGAAGCUUCCAGAUCGAUUUGUUGUUUGGCAAACGCACUUAAAGGUGCAGUGUGCCAUUUAUGUGCCGCCAAAACAAUUGCUAUUCAAUUAUUCUACACUUCGAUUAACUACGGUUAGGCCUGCUUGAAUGGAGGCAUUUCAACAUCAAAUGAAAUGGCACACUUCACCUUGAAGUUACCUAUAUUUGAAGGCAUUUCCAUUGCUUUGUUUUGGGAUGAAGGUUCAGCUCAUUUGAACAAGAGUUUUGAGAAGCUGUGGCUCACGCUAACUCUUCAAAAGAGAAAACGGCACUCAAUUUCUCCUAACUUGCGGUGUUAACGACUUGUUGCAUUUGCAAUUGUUUUUAGACUGCUGCGAUACAGGAUGUCUUUUCUACUGUUUUGUUCUUUAAAAAAAAGCUGCGAUACGGCUAAUUCUGUGUCAAGAGCGUUCCAGAACAUUUAUGACCAGAUGUUUUUUGUUGUUUAACCAUUUAAUGAUAAGCAUCACGCAUAGUUUUCAACCAUAAUGUAUUAUCAAACGUAUAAAAUUGAGCGCACAUAGAAUAUCAAUUGAUAAUAUAGAGGUAUUUGCUUAAACCAAACGUUGAUACUAUUUUGAAGCGGUAUUCUACGGAGGUCAGGGAAUAUUUAAAUCCAGUGCAUGUUAUGCCGUGACAAGGCGAGAGGGAACGGUCAGUACUUGGAGAUGUGUAAACCUAUAAGGAGAUUUGAAGUGAGUUUGAUGGGGGGAGCAGCUCCUGAGAUUCACUCUGUUUUAAUCUUUAAAUACCAUGCUUAUUUAAAGCAGACUACUGAAGCCUCUAGAUAUCACCCUUUUUAAGGUUAAAGUCUCUCUCUUUUUGUUGGGAUGUUUAGAGAAUCUGAUGACAGCGGUGUUUGAACUAGUGAAAGAACUGUUUAUUUCAGAUAGCUGCAUGCUGAUAUCCAAAAUAGGUCAUUCCUUGCUUAAUCGCUGAUUUGACCAAACACAAACGUGUAUAUAUAAACAACCAAUGUGAAGAUUUAGCAAAUAUACAUCAAAUAUUAUGCAACAUACGCUUGUUGGUAAAUCAGUUAAGGCCUUUAAUCCAAUAACCAGGCCCACGGCUGUUUAAAUAACUCCUCUGGAACUAAACGUAAAUGUCAAACCCUCUAAAUCCAGGUCAGCCAGAGGCCAAAAGUGAGUCAAUCUCAUCUCAGGUUUAUGGUUUGCGCACAUUGUUAGGCUCGUGAAUAACUCCAUGUACUGCAUCAUAUGAAGUGAGCGUGCAAUCCGAUCCUCUUAUUUACUGAUUAUGCAUAUAAGAUACUGUAAAGGAUGUCAUGUGAACGAAUAAACACAUUGAAACGGA